AUGAACAUCGCGACAUCUGAAUCUUCCGAUAUUCCUGCAUCUCUGCCCAGCAUCAAUGAUUCGGCAGUGGCCUUGUCUAGCGCCUCUGCACCUGACAUUGUACAGGAGGAGCAGCCAGAGAAUCAAGCUGGCCGUCCCCCUCGAACGCAUCGCCUACCCUUACGGUUCAGGGACGAACUUCCGGUCCCACCACCUGCCAUUCCAGUGCCAGCUUCGACGAACGUUGUGCGCCGGGUGGUUCUUUAUGUAUUCGAUUCCUUUCGCACAUCUCUCAAUCAAUUUGGAAUUGGACGGGAGUAUCGUCACCGACCAUCGUAUGACCCAGAUGCUUUCAUCUCCGUUGAGCAGCUAUCCAAUAUUACGUCCAAUCUCCCUUCCCUUGACGAACAGGAUUCCACUGAUCAUUCCAGGAUCCCAGAAGUUCCUUCGCAAUCACCCCCUUGGCCGUGGAGGAGUAUGAGCAUCUGGCGCUUGAUGUCUUGGAAGAUGACCAGUAAUAGUGGUCUUACAUCUGAAUCUCAGUUGACUCGCCUCGUUCGCGAAGUGCUGAAGGCGAAGGAUUUCAGUCUCGACGAUGUGCCUGAUGAUUUCAAUGCUCACACCGAAAUGACGCGCUUUGACGUCUCUGAAGCAACACUGGACGCUAAUGGUAUAUUUCAAAGAGAUAGCUGGAGGGAAUCAGUAGCGGAAAUACUAGUACCAACUAGGGAGAGAAAUACAGCUGGUAACGGGCAACUAUUUACUGUCCCAGGUUUCCAUUACCGGCCACUCGUAGCUGUUAUUCGUGCAGCCUUCUCAGAGGCAUCAUCGCGCUGGUUUCACCUCACUCCGUUCAAACGAUUUUGGAAAUCACCAUUAACUGGACGAGAACAACGCUUAUAUGACGAGCUUUAUACUUCAGAUGCCUGGAAUAAGGCCCACGACGAGCUGCAGAAGCAAAAGAGGGACGAUGGGUGUCAGCUGGAGCGGGUAAUUGCUGGACUCAUGUUCUGGUCCAAUGCAACGCACUUGGCUCAGUUCGGCAACGCUUCUGCAUGGCCGGUCUAUCUUUUUUUUGGAAACCAAUCGAAAUACGUCCGUGCCUGUCCAACCACCAAUGCCUGUCACCCUAUCGCAUUUAUCCCUUCUGUAAGUUUACAUCCUUCCCAUCAGACAAUCAGCGAGUACCCUAACACGAUUUGUCUCUAG